GCGUUCAAGGCCCACACCGUAGAGGAGCCGGGCUCGAUCGGAAGAAGGGAGAUAAAGAUUCUCGCGCCACCUUCGUCCUCGACACACGCCUUUUCUUUCCUCUUCGCGUUGGAUGGGGGAAGUCGUGCUUCCUUCCACUCCCAACGUCGACGAAUUCCGCGAGCUGUAACCCUAGGCUUCGGCGCUCGAGAUCGAGAGAGGGAGAGAGGAUGUUCUCCCGGUGGGAUUUCUUGCGGUCGACGGCGAUCAAGCGCGUCUGCAAGUUUCUAUUGAAGAAGAAAUUGGGGGAGUUCAUCCUGGGGGACAUUGACCUCGACCAGCUCGACGUCCAGCUCGGCUCCGGGACGAUCCACCUCUCUGACCUCGCCCUCAAUGUUGAUUUGCUCAACCAGAAGGUUAGGCUACUUGGAAAUCCUGUAACCUUUCGUGUUAGGGCUUCUUUGGCUCUUUUAUUGCUGUUCGUCCGUUGAUUGUUCUUUAGUUUCUGUGAGGUGGAGAUUUUGGUUGGUUUUGCAAAUCAUAAUUGGAAAGAUAAGAUUUUUAUGAGAGAAAAGAUGAUUUUCUCAAGGAUUUUGGAUUGUUCGAUUGAUAUUUGAGGGAAUUAGGUUAAAUUUCCAUAGUUCAAUACCUUGAAAAAGGAUGUAGAUAUUUGAAACUUUUAGGGGGAAAAGCAAAAAAGCAAACAUAUAUGCAAAGAUCAGGCUCCUCAAGAGUUUUCUUUGUUUUCUCAAGGGUUCAAUUACUCCGUCAUGUGUGAGGGCAAGGAUUUGGUUGGUUUUACAAUUUUCGGAUAGAAAUGAUGGUCAUUGGAGAAUGAGUGAAUGGGCAUGGAGAAAGUUAAGAAAGGAUGAAGGAAGGAUAUCAGUGUAAAAUUGUAAGAUUCCUCUGAAAUUGUUUGUUCUUGCCUAAAAGCUUUGGGUUGCUUUUUCUCUUGUUUAUGGGCUAAAAUUGUGUAACUUUUUAUGUUAUGACUAUAAAUAGUGUACUUCUGAAAAUUGAAUGGGGAAUAACACUGCAAUGUAUUGAAGAAGGUCCCUUUUGGAUUGGUUUAGCAGAGUAGUACCACUAGAAAACCUCAAUAAAUUUUAAGAAAGAGAGAGAGGGAUAAGAGGAAGAACAGAAGAACAUGAAAUAGAGACAAAAAAUAGUAUCAGAAUUUGGUAAUGUUCUUUCAGUUUUCGUGAUUUUUGAACAAUCAGCCCUAUCGUUAAUCAUCUCACUCCAUUAUAGAAGUUGAAGUUGAUGAUAACUUACCAAACUUCAGUUAUAUUCAUCAUUUCUUGCAUGAACUUAUUUAUCCCCUUUGUUCCAUGUUAUGAUGACCACUAUAGAAAUAACAUAUUUUUGAUAUGCAAUAGAUAGCACUCUAUAACUAAAUGGAUUUGAUUAAAUAGCCACACUCAUAAAUAUGAGUGAAAUGCCAAAAGUUGUUAUAUUUAUGAUUUCUGCUAAAAGGCGGAGAAAAAUAUUUGAAUGCACAAGGGACUAAAAAGCUUCAAAAUUGCUAAACAUAAUGAAUUUAUGAACAAUUGAAGUUCCAGGGAAGUAAAGAAUAUAGAUAUAUUCAUAAUACAAAAGACUAGCAUAUAAUAUUAAUUUCAAUCUAAAGUUGUUAAAACAAUAGAAAUAAAGAACCUAUACAACAAAAUACUUUAAAAUGUUGUUUAAUAAUCAAUAUUAUUUUUUUUAUUUUUCUAUUUUUUAUUUUUUUUGAUUUUUAUACCAGAGCUCCAGAACUCGGAGGGGAAACUCCUGAACUACUAAAACUGUUAAAAUUGAGAUGCCACAGACCUAGCCGAAACCAAACCGAAACUGAAUGGAGUGUUCAAACCUUGGGUUAAAGCAUGAAUCUUGAGACUGUAGUUGUAGAUUUCAAGAAUUUGUAUUUGGUCAUGUCACAUGUACAGAAAUAAUCUUGAUAGAACCAUGAUAGCUUGUGGUGGAAAUUUCAUGAGAUGAUACUUGAUGGAAGAAGAACUCUGAAAACUUUUCUUUAAUGAAAGUAGUGGAAAACAUGAACAUGAAUGAGGAACAAACUCAGUGCGGCUACAUAACCUUGAUAUGAUAAUUGCAACAGACUUAGGGCUUAUUAUCUCUUCUAUUUUAACUACAGAGAUCAAGUACUUUGUGAUAUAUUCUUGAACAAAUGGUUAUUUCUAUUUGAUAGAAGCAUGAGUAUAAUGCCACAAUUCGUCCAAUAACAACAUUACAACUUCAUGGUGAAAAAUCAAGUUGAUUAUGAUCAUGCAUUUGAUAUUUCCCAUGCAUGCCCUAUCUCUAGUGUAAGGAAUUCUUUGAUUAUUUGUUGGAUUGUUCUGGUAAGCAACAAAUGAAGAAAUCAAAUGUAGAUGAUUAUGUGCAAUUAUUGCUUGUGCCACCAUUCUGAAGUAGAAUCGAAAUUGUUAUUAUUAUCUUUAAGGCAAAAUUUUGCUUAUUUAAUUUCAAUUUCAAUUUAAUUGUGAAGACUAUAAUUUCCAAAAUAGAGGUGUUCUUCUCACUUUGAUAGAGCACUGAUUGGAUCAUCUUAUCUUUGUAAGUGAAUCUUUUUAACAUUCCAUAUUGUAAAUGCCUUGAACACAUAAUGAUUGUUUAUAAUUAAAUGUAUAUAGGAAUUUGAUCAGGAGUAUCGGCUGUUUCUUAAAAUUCUAGUUUGUGUUCUUGUCAGAUAACAUGAGCCACACAUCUAAUAUAAUGUUCAAUUUUAGUAGAAGCAUAAUCCGAGAUUCAACAUGAGUUGCGACAACUCAGUACAGAUGCAUGCUUUAUGAGAAUCAAUCAUGAUUAUAUCUCAUGAAAAUAUAUCUUUUGUUUAUUUUUGAUUUUGGGGAAAAGAAAUAAGUGAAAUAAAGAAGAGUGGGAUAUGGUACCACAAUAAUUUCUUUUCUAUUUGAAGUCUCAAGUUCAAACUACAAAAUUCAGAUCUCCUCUCAACACAUAUAAAAGUACACUUAUAUGACAAUAAAGUACAAUUCUAAUCAAUCCAAGGAUUCCUAAUCCCAACCUGUUGCUUGACUAGAGCUUUUCUAGUACACUACAAAUAGGAUUCGUAAUUAUUUCCUAUCAGAAUUAUUUCCUAACCAGGAUUCUCUCAUGAUUGAAGAAUUAAGACUUUUUCUUUGAUGCAUUUUGGAGAGAGAAUCUUUAAACUUCUUGAUUUUCUGCCCUAAAUUAAGUUCAAAAAUAUUGACAAAUAGAAAACAUGUCUCCAUUUAGAUAUCAAUUAUACUUAUCAUUUCUGCUGUGUAGUGUCUCGAGACUGUGCCAACUAAUGCUACCUCUAUGUAUCACUUUGUCUCCAAGGUCUCAUGACAGAGAUUAGUAUUUGACCCUUAAAUGAUGGAAAUAUUAAAUCUUACUGCCCUUCGAUCUUGACUGGUGAUCUAAAUGUGCUUUGCCACAGUGAAGAUGCAAAGAUGAUGAAACCCUUCUUGUCUAAUAUGAAUAAUUUAUUGUACGGUCAUCCAUGAACACAACAAGAAGACCUGCUCCAUGGAUCUCUUUUUCUUUGGUCAAUGAUUCCUAAUAAACUUGGAUCUUUGCUUUUGUCUCCUUAGCAUUUGUCUUGUCAGAGUAUAAGGUGGUUGGAUCUUUCCUAUUAGUCCAUGAUUUGUCAAACGGGCUUCAAUGGAACUUAAUUUCACCAGCUCAAAUAAUUACCGAAGAUUGCCCACAUUGAGGUCCUCUAAAAAGGCAUAGUCCAUCUAUUUCCUUAGGCAAUCAAAUCUUGUUCUUCCAAAUUUUCAUGAAUUGUUUCAAAAAUUGGCCACUAUGGCUGCUAAAAAAAGCGGUCAUUUAGUGGCUCGGACUUGCUAUGCUAGUUAUUAUAGUGCUCGCUAUAUGGCAUUUGGGGUAUGAGCAUCCAAAAUAUCAAGUGAAAACUAGCUAUACAGCAGCUACCUAUGGGUUCAUAGUGGGCAAAUUAUUUCAUAGAAGACUAGAUCGGUUUCCAAUUGGACUAGUCUAGUAAUCAAUUGCUCCAAUAGGUUGUUUAAAGUAUGAGCUAAUCUAGUUAUUUCAUGCCCUAGCUGAAUGGAGCAUGGGGGAGAAAAGGAGAAGGAGAAGUGAGGAAGAAGGCAACCCUCUGCACCUUCCACUCUUCUUAUUCCUCUGGCACUCUCUUGUUGAUGAUCUAUAGCUGGUACACAACCAUGAACACAAAGAUAGCUCAACCUAAAAAUGCUGGAACUGUUUCAUCUUCACUAUUAAAGAAACCAAAAAUCAAAAAAUAAGUAUGAGAUUUAGUUUAGUCAUGAGGUCCAUUGAGGAAGAGGAGAAAGAGGAGGAUAUGUUUAGAUGGAUGUCUUGAUGCUCAAGUCUCCUAGAAGUGAUACGUGAUGUUUAAUUAUUGAGACAAUUAAUUAUCAAGUUAUCUUUUGACUUUUUUGCCUAGAUGUUGGAGGAGUCUAUUAUCAAUUGAUGAUGAUAUUUUGUUUGGUGAAUUAUAUUAUAUAAUUGUGGACAUGUUUCUUCUAUGGUUAAAUGUUGUAUGAUUGUGGGCGUCUUUAUUUUAUGAUUGAUAUUAUGUGAUUGUAGAUAUUUUUUAUUAUGAUAUAUGCUAUUAUGUCUGGUUAUGAUGAUAUUUAUCAUUAGAUUGUGGAUUCUUGCAUUAUAUUGAUGUUGACAUAAUAUUAUGAUGUUACAUUGAUUAUGUUUAUGACAUUGUAUUGGUGCUACCACCCUGUACUGGACAUACUGGACCAUAUCGUUGCCAAACUGAGAAUCGGGGUACAUGAGGGCAUCCUGAGUCUCGAUAUGCCAAAUUAACCCCUAUCUUGGGUGUAUUGACACUAUAUCAGCAUGCUACCGUUGGCUGGGGCAGCAGUUCUUGUGAAAGAAGGAUCUAUUAAAUCCCUAUCAAUUAAAAUUCCAUGGAAGCGAAAAAACUGUCAGAUAGAAGUGGAAGUGCUUGAGCUUGUCCUUGCACCGUUUGUCCAGAGCUAUACUUCUGCCAUGGAUUCUGAUUCUUUGAUGCCUAAUUGUGAUAAAGAACAACAUACGUGCAUUGAUUCAGAGAAGAUUGAGCUGGGAGAAGUCAAGGAAAACUCUGGUUCUAUUUCUCGAGAUGUUCAUGAAGGAGUGAAGACAAUUGCUAAGAUUGUGAAAUGGUUUCUUACAAGCUUUCAUGUAAGAAUAAAUGAAAUUUUUGUUGCAUAUGAUCCCCAUUCAGAUGUGGAAGAAAGGAGAUCAGCAUUCCAUAAAUCCUUGGUUCUCCGAAUUAAAGAAAUAGAGUUUGGAACAUGUGUUUGUGAAGAUGCUAUGGCUAAGUUGACUAAUUUUGUAAAAUUUCAAGAAGCACUCAUCGAGUUUCUUCAUUUAGAGGAUGUUGAUAAUUUCCCGCAGCUCCAUAGUGGUUCAGAAACGGGCUUUAGCGAAACAUAUGCAAAAAAAAGUACUGUUACAAUCUUGACUGGGCCAAGUGGUGGAUUCUCAGGGACAUUGAACUUAAGCAUACCAUGGGAAAAUGGAUCUUUGGAUAUUCGUAAAGUUAAUGCAGAUGUCUCAGUUGAUUCUGUGGAACUGAAGGUGCAACCCAGCAGUAUCAAUUGGCUCAUAGCCAUAUGGGAAUCCCUCAAGAAUGUGAGCACAGCUCAACAGAGAAAUAUUUACAAGGCUGCAGAUUCACCUGACCGUAAAUGUAGAUUUUAUAGCUGUUCAUCUACCUCAGGUUCUGCUAUGCCAGAUUCAGACAAAGUCACACCAGGCAGUGGAAACUAUUCAAAUGACAUAUUUCGUACAAUCAAUCAAGAUGGUGCUUCAGAUGCUUUGCUUACAAGAACACAUUUAAUUCACAACUGGGUGCCAGAAUCCAUUGAUCUAGAAGACCAAACUGAUUUAGAGCCAGAUUAUGGUGCAAGCAUUGAUGAGUUCUUUGAAUGUUUUGAUGGAAUGAGGACUUACCGGGCAAAUUCAGGAACUAGUGGUAUAUGGAACUGGACCUGUUCUGUUUUCAGUGCAAUAAGUGUUGCAUCUAAUCUUGCUUCUGGAUCAGGACAUGUUCCUACAGAACAAAAUGUUGAGACUAGUUUACGAGCUACUAUUGCUGAGAUUUCUGUUGUCCUUUCCUUCAUUGAUGAAGAUCAGACACAGUCAUAUGAUUCCAGCGAUUCAUUAUUAAAUGGCCAAAGUUUUAAUUCUUACAUGAGCUGUCACUCAACAAUGAAUAUAGAGGAGUCAACCUUGAGUACCGUUAAUUCUAUGAAAAUACACCAUCUUGAAGCAAGGUGUCAACAUCUGACUCUUGAUUUGCAGACUUAUCCUCAAAUCAUGAAGUUUGGAGCAUCACUCAAGCAAAUUAAGGUUGAUGAGUAUUAUGAUAGUAGGAACCGUGCUGAGGGAUCUAAGUUCCCUGAUUACAAGAAUGAUUCCUAUUACCAAAUGCUAUUAAAUCAGCAUUUGCAGGCACAAGUUCAAGCUGCUCUUCCACCAUAUCCUUUUUCCACCCAAGACCAUGAUUCAGAAUCUUCUGUCACUAAUUGUAGGAAUGGACUGAUCAAGGUUACAUUGUUGGAAUCUCUUGAUAUAUGCCGCUGUCAGUAUUCUGUCAGUUCCACAGGUUUAGAUGGCAAGAAAAUGGCAUCAACAUCUUUCUCUGUUCAUCUGCCACCAUUUGUUUUGUGGGUUCACUUUCCGUUAGUAAAUACGCUGCUUAAUCUCUUCAAACAAGUUGAAUAUUCAUUUAAGAAAAGCAGCAUGAACAAGGAUUUUGUGACUAAUGUUCAGUCUGAAAGGCAUAAUUCUUCCUCUCUUGGUGAUGCUGAAAGUGGCAAUAUUUCUUACUUAACAACUAUGUCUCAAACAGCAAGUCUGCAAGGGAAUAUAGUCCUUUCUCAGGCAAGGGUCAUAGUGUGCUUUCCUUCUGAAUAUUAUGGAGAUUACAGACAUUCAGCCUCUUUGGAUAAGUUUAUUGUUCUUGAACAUUCUUCCAGUGUGGGAGAUUUUGUGGAUUUUCUUCAACUUCCAAAAGAAAGUGCUCCAAAAGAUGCUUACUGUACACCUGCCACUUCUGUCCAUCUACAUAUGGGAAAUUUAGACAUUUACUUUGUUAAAUCUUCAAGUGAAAAUUCUUUGGUGGAUGGGUCCCAUGCAUCAGACAAGCAACCCUUUUCUGCCGUGAAGAUUCUCUCUGUCACCAACAGAUCAAAUGGCUAUCAUUCUGGAAUUACGAUGCUUUGGCAGAAGGGUCCUGUGACUGGUCCUUGGAUGGCAAGCAGAACUUGGAGUUUGUCCAAAUUACAUGAUCAAAGUAGGAAUAAAGUGGUCAGAGAAAGGGCUGAGUAUUCCUCGGUGGUGACAGCUACAGAAGACCUUGACGGGACAAGUUCAAGUAUUCGUCAAGAGCUGAUUCUGAGUUCUGCAUUUUUAUUUCAUGUUAAAUUUUCUCAUGUUUGUAUUAAUCUUCAUAGUCAUGAUUAUAAAUUGCUAAAUCAGCUGCUUAAUUAUCUGUUGGAUGAAUUGUCUAGUGGAGCCCAUGGUACGGACACUAAUUAUGAGGGGAUCAGAAAUGAACAAUCGUCCCCAAAUGUCUGUGUUGCAUCUCAAACAUCUGUUCGUGUGGAAUGUGAUCUCCUGGACAUUUGCAUUACCCUAGAUGAAGUAAUAGAAGUCAGUCACUUGAUACAGAAGGAACUACAGGGAUCAUGGAAUUGCCUUAAAUUGAAAGUUACGAAGUUUGAGUUGCUUUCUGCAUCAAAUAUUGGUGGAAUUAGCAAAGCAAAAUUUUCAUGGCUUAACCAUGGCGAGGGUGAAUUGUGGGGUUCCAUCUUAAAUAGGAAUGAAAAUGCUUCUGAAGUAACUGAAGAUCUUCUUCUAAUCACCUGUAAAAACUCUGCCAUCAGAAGGGGUGAUGGUGAUGGUACUAAUGCAUUAUCUUUUAUCUCUGCGGGUACUACUGUUACACACAUCUGGAAUCCACAGUCAUGUCAAAGCUACAUGUCCAUAAUCGUUCGUGGUGGGACAAUAGUUGCUCCUGGUGGUCGCUUGGAUUGGAUCAGUGCAAUAUGCUUAUAUUUUAGUUUGCCUUCUCAAGAGAAUGAACAGUCAGGCAAUGGUAAAGCUUCAGUUAAUGGUGCUGCUUCUGAAACAUUAUUCUUUCUUGAUUUGGUGGAUAUUGCUUUGAGUUUUGAGCCCCACAUCAAAGAUCCUAUAAUCGCUAAUGGAGUUUCCAAAAGAGAGCAUAGUUGUAGUACUGAAUCUAAUGAAGAGAUAGAGAGAGAAUAUGUGGCAUGCCUUUUAGCUGCAGCAUCAUUAAGCCUUUCUAAUUACACCAAGGCAAACUCGUCUACUGUUAAUUACAAUAUCCAACUACAAGAUGCAGGACUUCUUAUCUGUGAAUCGACUGGCACAAGAAAGGGCAGUGAUGGUUAUCAUGUAGGUUGUCUGCAAGAGAUCGGCUAUGUAAAAGUUUCCCAGAUUGCUCUUGUUGAGGCUGUUCUUAGAAGUAAAGGUCUUCAUUGGGAAAUUGAAUGUUCAGAAUCGCAUAUCAGCCUUGAUACCUGCCAUGACACAGCUUAUGGUCUUUUACAUUUGGUUGCUCAACUUCAACAGCUUUAUGCACCUGAUGUGGAGGAUGCUCUUAUGCAUUUACAAUCAAGGUGGAAUACUAUUCAGCAAGCUCAAGAAGAUUGCAGUUCAAAUGAUGUGGCAGAUAACUCUGAAAGCACUGCUGUUGGUUUGGGUUUUGAGAAGAGUUCGCCAGCUAGUGGUGAAGGCUGUGUAUCUGUUGGACUGCUGGAUGAGAUACUUGAGAAUGCUUUUUAUAUUAAUGGGGAAUACAGAUCUCCAUCUGGUCAUUGCGACAUACAAUCUAAUGUUUCCCUUGAUGAAUAUGUGCUUGGAGAUAGGUUUAAGUUGAACAUAAACAACUCUACGGCUAGCAAUGCUUCUUCUCUGAUUAUUCCUAAGGAUGGUUCAUCGUAUGGUUCAGAAACAGGAAACACUCAGCAACCAUCUAUGCACAAACAAGGCUCAGCUCAACUUAUUGAAAGCUAUUAUGCAUCUGACUUACUUCAGCCGUCAACAUUAACUGCAGGCCAUCAUUCACCUAAGGAAGAUCACAAAUCUAGAUUCGAUAAUACCGCUCGUCGGGACAUGGAAUGUGGAAAGGGUGGUUGGUACCAGGACAGUUCUCUAGUGAUAGUAGAGAACCAUAUUUCAAAAAUAUUCAGUCAGCCUGAAGGAAAACAACACAAAGAAGGGGAUUUUACUUCCAGCAAUUUUGGUCCUGCUGAGUACCAUAUUCCAAAAGGAAGGAUACUUCUUAAAAAUAUUGAUGUGAGAUGGAGAAUGUAUUCUGGACUUGACUGGAUUAAGCCAAGCAAAAAUCCUUACAAUAGUUUGAAAGGAAGAGAUGGUAGUGCCUGCCUAGAAUUUACUUUGUCAGGGUUGAAUCUUCAAUAUGACAUGUAUCCUGAUGGAGAAAUUUGUGUAUCAAAGCUUUCUGUUUCUGCUCAGGACUUUCAUCUUUAUGACAUGAGCAGAGAUGCCCCUUGGAAGAUGGUUCUGGGUUAUUACCAUUCAAAAGAUCAUCCAAGAGAAUCCUGUGCCAAAGCAUUUAAGUUAGACUUAGAAGCAGUAAGACCAGACCCAUCAACACCUCUAGAGGACUACAGGUUACAUCUUGAGUUUUUGCCAAUGCGGCUGCAUCUUGAUCAAGACCAACUCAACUUCCUCAUCAGCUUCUUUGGCAAGGAUUCAUUUGUUGAUGAGCCUCCCAGUCCGCCUAAUAAUUUGAGUGAGUCUGUCACAUCAGGAAGAAAAAGCAGGAGCUUUGGGAGCCAAACUAUUAUGGAGGAGGCAUUACUUCCUUUCUUCCAGAAAUGUGUUGUAAGGCCCUUGGUUGUGCGUGUUGACUACAUUCCUCGGCAUUUUGAUCCAGCAGCACUAAGAAGAGGAAACUAUGCAGAACUUCUCAACUUAGUUGCAUGGAAGGGAAUUGACUUACAUCUCAAACAUGUUUGUGCUGUUGGUGUUUAUGGGUGGAAUAGCAUCUGUGAAAUGGUACUUGGGGAAUGGUUGGAAGAUAUUUCUCACAACCAGGUUCAUAAAUUAUUAAAAGGGCUUGCUCCUAUAAGGUCAUUGUUUGCUGUCAGUUCUGGCACGUCUAAAUUGGUUUUAUCUCCAGUUAAAAGUUACAGGAAAGAUCACAAGUUGCUUAAGGGAAUACAAAGAGGGGCAAUAGCUUUUAUUAGAAGCAUUUCAAUUGAAGCUGUUGGGCUAGGGGUGCAUUUGGCAGCUGGAGCCCAUGAGAUCUUGCUUCAAACAGAAUACUUCCUUACAAGCAUUCCAUCAUCUGGAUCAUUAUCUGAAACGAACAGAAGAAAAAGUAAUAUAAGAUCUAAUCAACCUGAAGAUGCACAACAAGGGAUCCGCCAGGCUUAUGAGAGUCUUAGUGAUGGUCUUAGUAGGACUGCCUCUGCUCUACUUAAGACUCCUCUAAAGGCUUACCAGCGGGGUGCUGGUGCAGGAUCAGCCCUGACAUCUGCUUUCCGGGCGGCUCCUGCCGCUGCUGUAGCUCCUGUCUCUGCUUCUGCUGGUGCAGCACACUGCGCACUUCUUGGACUUAGAAACAGCCUAGAUCCCGAACAUAAAAAAGAAUCUAUGGGGAAAUAUUUGGGAUCUUCUCGAUCAUAAAAGUACAAAAAGCAACGGUACAGCUUGCUAGGUGGUUGCACUAACAUCCUUACGGGCGUUGUUGAAAGGAAUACGAAGCUGUAUCUUUGAUCCUUGUCAUUCAGAUUCAUUUAGUUUAUGAGUUGGAUAUUUUCUCACCCAGAUUCAGGUUACAGCCGCCUGUAAAAAGUGUAUAGCAAUUUAAACAGAGAUUCUUUGUGGAACAGAAUAAGAAAGUAAUCCCUGUACAAUAUGUAAAUAACCAUAUGACACUGUCAUUCACUCAGCCAUAUAAUUGUACUAUGCCUGUAAUCAGUGUGUAUUUACAGUUUAGCACCACAUUAAUUGUAAUAUUUAACGCGCUUCAUUUGUUUGAAAAAGAAAUUUUUCUCCUGAUUACUUUCUGGAGGCA